CACCUGCCUUCCAUCCCUCCCCCCGAUGGAGCUCCGGCCGUUUCAAAAGGCAGCCCCCACCCUCCCCCGCAGCUCGCCCCACCGCCGCCCGGCCCCGUCCCCCGCCCGCGCCGACCCGCGGCCGCGGUUCUGAGCGCGCGCGCGCCUCCCCCCCCCCCCCCCCCCCCCCCCCCCCCCCCCCCUCGGAUUCCGUUCGUCGCCCUCGCUUCCCCCGCGCCGGACCAAGGGUGCCGCGGGGCGCGCAGAUGCGAGGCGGGGAGAAAUGCAGAAGUCGCGGAGAGACCUCAUGAAGAGGAAGGCGGCGGCCAAGGCGCACGAGCAGGGCGCGGGCGCGGCCGCCGGGAUGAGGCGGCGGCGGCUGUACGGCUUCUCCGCCUCGCUCGUCGUCGCGUCCUGGGCCGCGCUCCUCAUCCUCAACUCGCUCGUCGGCCACGGCGACGGUCAACGCGGUACGCACGAUGGUGGAGACCCGAUUGUUGCCAUUCCCAUUGCUGGGCCUGGGCCUACAAUGAAUGAAGGUUCUGUUGGUCCUGAUGUUGUACACCAGGAGCACGAGGAGAAUUUGGCGGUGUCUGGUGACACAUGUGUUAAACUUGAUGAAAGUGUCUUGCUUUCAGAAGAGACAGUUCUGCAGGAAGAUGAAGUGUGUUCCAAGGAUGAUGCUGGAAGUGAUGACAUGGAAGCUGUAACCAAGGAUGAUCAAAUUGAUCUGUCAGAAGGUCAGGGCGAAGAACAAACUGUAACCAAGGAUGGUAAAAUUGACCUGUCAGAAGGUCAGGGUGAGGAAGGUGCUCUGACCAAGGAUGAUCAAAUUGACCUGUCAGUAGGUCAGGGUGCGGAAGAAGCUCAAACAAAUGAUGAUCAAAUUGAGCAGUCAGGAGGUCAGGGUGAGAGUCCUCAUCUGACAAACAUCGCCUCUGUAGUUCAUCCAGCGGAGAAGGUGGAUGUUGAAGAUGUUCCCAAACCAGCAAGGUUGGCACGAGUUGUUCCUCCGGGUCUUGAUGAAUUUAAGACGAGAGCAAUUGCUGAAAGGGGAAAGGAUGCCUCUAGUCAAACUGGCCAUGUGAUUCACCGAAGGGAACCUAGUGGUCAGUUGUACAAUUAUGCUUCGGCAGCUAAAGGGGCAAAGGUUCUGGAUUAUAACAAGGAGGCCAAAGGCGCUUCCAACAUUCUAGACAAAGAUAAGGAUAAGUAUCUCCGCAAUCCUUGUUCCGUGGAGGGAAAAUAUGUCAUCAUAGAGCUUUCUGAAGAAACCUUGGUAGAUACCAUUGCAAUUGCAAAUUUUGAGCAUUACUCUUCUAAUUUAAAAGAAUUUGAAAUGCUGAGCAGUCUUAUUUAUCCCACAGAAAACUGGGAAACACUUGGGAGAUUCACUGUCGCAAAUGCGAAGCAUGCUCAGAGUUUCACAUUUCCCGAGCCAAAGUGGGCGAGGUACUUGAAGUUCAAUUUGCUAAGCCAUUAUGGUUCUGCAAGCUAUUGUACACUGAGUAUGCUUGAGGUGUACGGAAUGGAUGCUGUGGAAAAGAUGCUCGAGAACUUGAUUCCAGUUGAGAAUAGAAAUGCUGAAUCUGAUGACAAAUCGAAGGAGCCAAUUGAGCAACCACCUUUGAAGGAGCCUAGUGGUGGAAAAGACUCCUCACAGGAACCCCUUGAUGAAGAUGAAUUUGAGGUAGAAGAUGAUAAGCCAAAUGGAGAUUCAUCAAGGAAUGGUGUUCAUGAUCAGAUUGUAGAGACAAGGACACUUCAGGCUGGCAGAAUUCCUGGAGAUACAGUUCUCAAGAUACUGAUGCAGAAAGUCCAGUCUCUUGAUGUGAGCUUUUCUGUAUUGGAGCGGUACCUAGAGGAACUCAACAGCAGAUAUGGACAAAUUUUUAAGGAUUUCGAUUCUGAUAUUGAUAGCAAAGAUGCGCUCUUGGAGAAGAUAAAAUUGGAGUUGAAGGAGCUUCAGAGCAGCAAAAAUGACUUUGCGAGAGAUAUUGAAAGUAUCCUUUCAUGGAAGUCAGUUGCCUCCUCGCAGUUAGACCAACUUGUCCUGGAUAAUGUCAUACUCAGAUCUGAGUAUGAGCGAUUUAGGGAUAAGCAGGUUGACCUGGAGAAUAGGAGCUUUGUUGUUAUAUUCCUGUGUUUUAUUUUUGGAUGCCUAGCCAUAGCUAAAUUGUCCAUAGGUAUGAUAUUCAAUAUUUGUAGAUUAUAUGAUUGUGAAAAGUUGGAUAGGGUAAAAUCCGGAUGGCUUGUGCUGCUGCUGAGCAGCUGCAUUGUGGCCUCCAUUUUGGUAAUACAGUGAUGUGUGUACUCAUCUCCAUAUAAUCGCGGCUGCAUAAUGUAAUUCCAUGAGGUAUCUGAUUCAAAAAAGAUCACAUCUCUGAGAUCAUAGAAAAUAAAAUCUCAGUACAGAUUAUCUAGCC